AUGUUGCAACUCGUCAUUGUGGUCUUAUUCUCGGCUUUGGCUGCCUCCUUUCCGUUCCCUCGCAACACUUUGGAGCACAUUCGCAAAGUUUCUAAAUCUGAAUUCGAGUCCUCUGGUAGUGGACCAGGCGAAAAUGCCCGCGGCCUAGUGAGAGUGGUGCAACUGGACCCGCGUGCUCUGGCCCAAUCUGGUUUAUUUAUGAGAAGAGGUCUGGCCCGCAACUCCAGACCGUCCUUUCCAUCCUUCCUGUCCCAGGGGCGACCUGGCUUUGCCCCCAAGGCCCCAGCGAGCCCGUUACACCGCUUGCAGGCUGAAAGACCGGCUGACAUGGAGCACAAAAAGAGUCAAGGCCUGCACAUGUGGCAGAGAGCCAUCAAUAAGGGAAAUAAGGUGGCUGUGUCUUUGCCCACCAACCUGAAGGACGCCAAACAGACGUGCACUGUUAUUCCUUUCAUUCAGCGCGUGACAGCAGACGGGUGCAGCACAGUGACUGUACACAACAAGCUGUGUUUUGGCCAAUGCAGCUCCCUUUUCGUCCCCUAUGAGGCGGACUCGGCCGGGGGGCGGUUCCAUCAGCGCGCCUCCUGCUCCCGUUGUGGCCCCUCCAAGACCCACGCAGUCGCCGUGCCCUUGCAGUGUGGCACUGAGAUCCGCCACCGACAGAUCAUGUUAGUGCAGGAGUGCAAGUGCGAAUCAGGUCGGGAGGAAAAGAAUGCAGAGGAAUCUUCACCACACUUAUGA